CCGCUAGACACCACCACCAGAUCCUAUUCUUUACCCUGCCAUUGUCGCAUACCCAACCCGAAAACACGGCAACGCUCCACGAUCAGUCACAAAACCGACAAAGGAGAUCGUUCCGAGUCCGUUGCUCACACCCCACUGCCGUCAGUCACCAUGCCAGAGGGAGCGCCCCCGGCUCGAGGCGCUGGCAGGGGUCGACCCCGAGGGACGAGAGGAAGAGGAAGAGGAGCUGCUAGCAGUGCCGCACCUAGCACCGAGGGACCAACUUCGACUUCGAGACCAUCUUCAGCACUGGGAACAGCUUCGGCAACCGCUGUACCUUCCAGAACCGCAACACCCAACCCUCCCGCAACACGAGGCACUUCAGCCAGCAGAUUUCGCCCCAGAGUAGUGCGUAGAGACGAGGCGGCGCGAGACGCAAUUGCAAGACAAGAGCUAGAGAAGGACAAUGCGAGGGCAAAAGCAGAAGCUCGCGCUCAAGCCCGCUCCCGAGGUCGCAGUCGGCGAGCUCGUGGUGAUGCCAUGGGUCGUGGCGGUUUCAUGUCGCGAGCAGCGGUUGCUAGUGGCCCGUUCUCGCAAAUGACAACAGAAGGAGGUGGCAGGUCCGGCGGAGGAUGGGGCGGCGGUGGUGGAGGAGGAGGAGGCGGCGGAGGGUUCUUUGGCGGCGGAGGCGGCGGCGGCCGAAAGAGAGAGGGUGGCGCGUUCGGAGAGGCUUCAGGCCAUCGCGAAGCACGAAUCAACGCCGAUAGACUCGCCGGAUAUCCUGUCGAUCGCGAACCCGACUCUGACGAUGAAGAGACGGCGGCACUCAUUGGCGCAAAGCCUGGCAAUAUUUGGCCUAUGGGUAUCGCCCGUAUCGACAAGAAAGAAGAGAAGAAGACGAUUGCGACCUCGGCCGAACUUGAGGCAGAACAACAGGGCAAGGCCGAAGAGAGCCUCUUUGUUGAAGGCGAAGGUUGGUCUGGUGCCAUUCCCCCGAUGGAAGAUGAGACAAAGGUCUGGCAUGCGGCACCCAAGGGUGUGGUCCAGGUCAAGGCAGAACCUGGCGGCGAACCAGGUGCUAUGGAUAUCGCGCCGGUCGACUUCAACGCCCAUAUCAAAUCUGCGACUCCCGAAGCCGAGGAAGAGAAGAUCACUCCUGAACCGAAGACAAAGAAGGCAAUGGCCGAUCCCGAGGUAGAAAUGAUUACACACGACAUGGAGCUUCUUUUGGGCGAACUGGGCACUGUCACCGACGAAAACUCCAAGGCACCCGAGACAGAGGUUGCGAGCAAGGACGGACGUUUAUACCUCUUCCAGUUCCCGCCUUUGCUGCCGCCACUGCAACCUGCGACUGCGCCCAAGGUCAAGCCAGAGCCCGACGACGUUGUCAUGCUCGACCAGCCGGGCGAAGCUGUCGACCUCACACAGGCGGAAGAGAGCUCUAAGCCCAAGGUCGAGGACGAUAUUGACCUCACAGACAUUAACCAGUUGGUCUCCCAGGCUGGAAUGAUGGGAAAGCUCAAGGUGCGCAAGUCCGGAAAGGUCGAGCUGGACUGGGGAGGGAGAACACUCGAACUCAGUCCGGCUGCGGGCAUGAACUUCUUGACUACGGCAGUGAUUGUAGAGGAGUCAGACGAAAAGACGAAACAGGGUGUUCCUGGUGGAGACAGUAUUGGCAUGGGCAAGAUCAUGGGCAGAUUUGUUCUCGCGCCGACUUGGGGUGACGAGGAAGAGUGGACGGUUGACCCAGAGGAUCUUGUUGUUCCCGAAGCGUAAGGCUGUACGCCAGUGCUGACGAGAGCAUGGGAGAGAUGGAAUUCAUCGUUCGCCGAUUUACCCCGCUAGUGAUCUAAUGUCAACAGAUCGGACGGGGGGAACAGCAUAAGCCGCUAGUGGACUUGGCCCCAAGUCUUGUUUGGGAGGUAUUGAAAGGAUAGACAAAAAAAGAGAUACCCUAG